UAUAAGUUGUGAUGUGUGCUUAAAAAUCUGGACAUCGCCAUAGUUUUCCAUUUACGGAGCAACAUGGCAGAGAGAGAAACAGGUGAUCACAGGAUCAUGGUGUACAGACCAAGUGAUGAUGAUGAAGAGAAAGAUGACAUUGAUGAUGUAUUAGAUCCAGAGUCUGUCAUCAAACAUCCUCUGCAAAAUUCAUGGGCUAUGUGGUUUUUUAAAAAUGAUAAAGGAAGAGAUUGGAAAGACAAUUUGAGAGUUAUUACCACUUUUGAUACAGUGGAAGAUUUCUGGGGUUUAUAUAACCACACACUUCCUGCCAGUAGAUUGCAGUCAGGAUGUGACUACAGUGUUUUUAAGGCUGGCAUUCAACCAAUGUGGGAAGAUGCACAGAAUAAGAAAGGAGGACGAUGGCUUAUAAAUCUCAACAAAUCUCAGCGUCAGACACAUUUGGAUGACUUCUGGCUAGAAACUCUUUUAUGUCUAAUUGGUGAAGGCUUUGAUGAACAUUCUGAUGACAUAUGUGGUGCAACUGUAAAUAUUAGAACAAAAGGUGACAAGCUUGGCUUGUGGACAAGAGAUGCAAACAAAAUUGAAGCUACUAAAAAAAUAGGAUUGAAAUUAAAAGAAUCUUUAAAUGUACCUUCAAAGAUUGUCAUUGGAUUCCAGGCUCACUCAGACACUGCAGGCAAGGCAGGCUCCACUGUGAAAAACCGGUUCACUGUAUAACACUAGAUAGAUGUAGAGUAGGCGUUUGCACUUGAUUUACUUGAGAAAUAUAUAUACAGGUUUGAGUAUAAGACAACUACUUUAAUGAUUGCAUUUUUUUUUUGUUCUGUUUUAUCCUAGACACAUUUCAACUUUCAUUUGAGUAGGGCAGGAUUAGAAACAUGUUACUAUUAUAUAACAUUUGAUUUGUUCAUUUUGGGGAAAUAAAAAGCUGAAAGUAAGGUUACAGUAACUUGUAGGCUGUACUAAUACAUUUAAUAUGGGUUGUGCCAUAUGCUUUUGAUAUGAUCGACAUAGCUGAAUGCCCUUAACACCUGUAUUUCUUCCCUUGGUUCAAGUUGAAAAAGGAAAAUGUAUUAUACGCAUGUCAUUAUUCAGGCCUGAAAUGUCAGAGCGGUGAUUGGUAUGGCUGUUGUAUAAUUAUUGCUUGUGUAUGCGUUGAUUGAUAUGAUGUAGACUUCUCUAUAAGAUAUGUGUGAAGUCGUUAUGCAUAAAAAAAAUUUUCUUCAUUUCAUCCCUUGACUGUCUACUGACAGAAUGUACUGUAUCAUUGAGAAUCAUACUAUUUAUUAUUGCUUCAUCUGCUUUUUUGUUUGUGACCUGGACACUAUUAUGAAACCUUGUAAAUAGUUUUUGUUCAGCAUGGGGUUACACUGCCUAGCAGUUACACAGACAUGUAGAUAACUUUUGACAUUGAUCAGUAGUCCUAUCUAAAAGUUAGUAUUGCUUGCUGUGGUGACCUGGUGUACAUACUGCUUAAAAUGGCCACUUGUAACCAUGAGGGUCACUCCAUGAAAUCAAUAACAACUGUUGUAGUCGGUCAUUUUGUAUAUAGAUCUGUCCGUUUGUUAGCCUAAAAUGUUUGUCUCUGGGUUUUAACAGCCAGCUGACCAUCAUUAGGUUUUGUGCAGAUUUUAAUUUUCUUGUGUUAUGUUGUUUGCAACCACUGUUUCCUGUGUCACAAAAUGCAGACGUGACCUUGUUGUCUAGCAUUUGGUAGACUAAGAAGAGGUGUAGGCUUGAUUGAAUACAUUUUUUUUUUUCAGUUUAAAAUUAUGUAUUAUGUAAAAAAAAAAUAAAAGUUUCAAAAUAAAAUGUUAACAGAAUAAAGUUUUAAUGACAUUUAAAAA